ACCCUUUGAGGAAAGGCAAACGGCUGCAGGAAGCACUCGGGACCUGUCUUUGGUGAACCAUGGGGCUCAGUGAUCAGGAAUGGCAGCAAGUCCUGACAGUCUGGGGAAAGGUAGAGUCCGACCUCGCUGGCCAUGGUCAUCAAAUUUUAAUGAGACUCUUUCAGGACCAUCCUGAGACCCUCGAUCGCUUUGAAAAGUUCAAAGGCCUGAAGACCCCCGAUGCGAUGAAGGGCUCUGAAGAUCUGAAGAAACAUGGAGUUACUGUUCUUACCCAACUGGGCAAAAUCCUGAAGGCAAAGGGUAAUCAUGAGGCCGAGUUGAAGCCCCUGGCUCAGACCCAUGCAACCAAGCACAAAAUCCCUGUCAAAUAUCUGGAGUUCAUUUCUGAAGUCAUUAUCAAGGUCCUUGCCGAAAAACACGCUGCAGACUUUGGGGCUGAUGCCCAGGCUGCAAUGAAGAAGGCUCUGGAGCUGUUCCGAAACGAUAUGGCCAGCAAGUACAAGGAGUUCGGUUUCCAGGGUUAGCACAUACGCACAAAGGAGCGCCACGAUGGAGGGCCUGGCCACGCAUCUUUCCCCAGCGCUAUUUUGGACAUCUCACAAUUGGCCAUCUCUGCUGUGUGGGAAAGCUUUGAUGAGAGGCCAAGAGUCACUCCAGGCAGCAUAGAGGCACUCAGAGUGAUAUCCAUGAUAAACUGUUGUUUCCUGGCUUCAUGUAUACAAAAGAAAUAUUCUGCUUUUUUAGGAAAAA